GGUAGAAAACAAAACAUCAGGCAGAGAUGGACUUUAUUGUUCCAUCCACCCAAAGCAGGAGGAUGAUGAGGAUGAAGCACCGGAGAAAAGAGCAGAUUUCAGAUGAACUGCAGGCUGUCCACAUCUGUCCACAUCACUGUCCUAAAAUAAUGGUCGUUUUUUGUUUGUUUUGCCAAAAUGUUUUUUUUGUUGUUGCCAUAAUUAUUAUUUUAGAAACGUGACGAUAUAUCUCGUCUUUGUAUUCAGAAAACUGACAGAUGAAGUUUUUGGGGCGUGGCCUAUUAGGGCAAAUCAGGAAGAGGGCUCUGAUUGGCUGGAAUAAAUUAUCGCCCCGCCCCAUUCAAGUGACGAAUGUGAAAGCAACAACAAAAAGUUGAAAAACAAAAAAUAAAGUAGAAGGCGACAAACACCCUGGAGGGAACCGGAGGAGCGGGGAGGCGCUGAGGACCAGGCCGGUGUGAGAGCGUCCCUGAGCGGGGAGCGGCAUGAGGCGGCCCGGUCAGGGCGGAUCAUGGCCGCAGUGAUUCGGGAUGGAUUCUGGUGGGGCGUCGCGGCGAAGCAGCCGGUCCGCGGAGACCUGGAGGGGGCACAUCAUCCAGCAGCUGAAGCACCGGGACCGGAUCCAGAGCGCCAUGUUCCAGGACCUGAUCCGGUUCUACACUGGGCUGCUGGAGAAAACCAGUAUGACCAAAGGGCUCCUCAGCAGACCUCCCGCUGAGGGCUGCGCCCGUUCCUCUCUGCAGCAGCUGAAGAAAACCACAGGCGAGCUGGCCUACAAGGUGUUGGAGCUGCAGCAGCAGAUUAGAAUCAAAGAACGUGUCCUGCAGGAACUACAAACCAGGCUACAGAAGGAGGGCGGUCGGCUAGCUGAGGCGUCCGAAGCUAAACGAGCUCUGAGGGAUGAUGUGGAGCAGGUCAGACAGAAGAACAAGACGCUGAAGGCGGCGUAUGAUGCUCUGCUGCAGCAUCAGAGGGAGGCGGAGUCCAAACUCAGGGAAGAGAAGGAGAAGGAGGAGCGCGUCCUGGAGGACAUGAUGCACCAGAAGAAGCAGGCCGCCGCCCGCAUGAACCACCGCAACGAACGGCGCUCCAGAGUUCGACAGGCGACCAUGGAGAAGCAGCUGCAGACGGCUGCCAGGUCAAAGGUCAUCGUCGAGAGUUCGUCCAGCGCGCCGACUUCCAGGUCCACGUCUCCGAAGCCGGAGGAUCAGGACAAGUCCGGCGGCCGAGGAGCGACCCGCCUCUUCAGGUCGGCGUCGGUCUCCUCGCCGAGGUUCUUCUCCUCCAUCAGAGAGAUGUUUGACAGGAAGAGAAGGGGUCACUCGGUCCGCAGCCUGGAGGAGGAUCUGCUGUUUCCCGUCGGAAUCUGUUUAUCAGCCAGAGUUCCUGUCAGACCGCUGCAAGUCCUGGAAGCCCAUGAGCAAGGCAUCAACGCGGUGCGGUUCAGCUUCGGCUCAGACCUGCUGGCCACCGGCGGGACGGACCGGGUCAUCAAGCUGUGGGACGUCAGGGCAGGCUCGCUGACCCACAGAGCCACACUGGACGGCAGCACGGAGGGGAUCACCUGCGUGGAGUUCGACCACACGGGCCGCAGGAUCCUGGCGGCGUCUCACAACAAGUCCGCCCUGCUGUGGCGCCUGGAUGACUCCGUCCCCAAGGUGACUCUGACGGGUCACAGCAGGAAGGUGACGGCGGCCAGGUUCACCUGCGUCCCCCACCAGGUGGUGACAGGAAGCACCGACCGGAGCGUCCGGCUCUGGGACCUGAACAGAGCCGCCUGUGUCCAGCAGGGGGAGGUGGCGUCGUUCUGCAGCGACCUGGUCUGUUCUGACAGCAGCAUCAUCAGCGGACAUUUUGACUGCAAGAUCAGAGUCUGGGACAGCAGGACGGUGAGCUGUGUUCAGGAGCUUCCCUCUCAGGGCAGAGUCACCUCUCUGGACCUGAGCUCCGACCGGCGCCAGCUGCUCAGCUGUUGCCGUGACGACUGCCUCCAGCUACUGGACCUGCGCUGGACCAACGACCGGAUGUGCUUCAGAGCCGACGGCUUCAAAUGCGGCAGCGACAGCACCAAGGCGGUCAUCAGCCCAGAUGGAUGCUACCUGGCGGCCGGGUCCGCUGACGGAGCCGUUUACCUCUGGAACGUCUCCACAGGGGGCCUGGAGACCCGCCUCCCCGACCAGCACAGCUCGUCCAUCACCGCCGUGUCCUGGUCUCUCUCCGGAGAACACUUCGUCAGUGUGGACAGGAGCCGGCGGGCCGUCCUCUGGAGUGACAUCUGAACCGGCCAAUCAGACGAGACUUCCCGUGGAGACGCAUUUGAACCAGCCAAUCCAGCAGCAGUUCACGGCGUGACGAUGGAUUGGGUCUGAGAAAUGAUUCAGGGAAGGUUUACGGGUUUUUAGCCUCGUGUUGCGGAGCGGAAAAAGGGAAUUUUUAAAUAUUUUCUAACAGACCUUUGCUGCUGUAACAGAUUUAACAAGGGAACGUUGAUUUUUUUGUUUUUGUUUUACUAACUUUCAGCUUUUUAAACAUGAAAACCGUUAAACCCUGAGGUGUAGAGCAAACCCCCAGGAUGGAAAAUACCAGCAGGUUUCAUUGACAUUUGAGAGAAUGUGUUGAUUGGUGCUUCGUCAGAAGCCAGACGGACAUCAGGAGCGUUCACUGGACAGGUGUUCACACCUGACACAGGUUAAACUCAGUCAGCUGUUCAAACUUGAAGUCUCUGGAAGUCAGAGAUGUGUGGAAAUCUGGCAGAAGAAUGUUUUGUCUUCUGCAGCACUUUACGGACAGAACAUUCCCAGGAACUGAAAGUUCUCCCAGAUUGAACUGGUUCUUUAAGGGAUAAAACCGCAGAGCAUCAGCCAGCGUUCAGACUUCAGGGUUUCGGUGCAGACAGUCACAGUUUGCUCUGAUUGGUGCUGAAGGAAUCUGAUUAACAGCCAGAGCUGCAGGCGGGUACCAUGUGGUUCUCCUGAGAUCGGACCGGGUUACAACACGGUCAGGACGGACUCACCAGCUGGAGCUGAUGGAUUUCAUCUGACAUGAAAGACGAUGAGCAUUUUCUGAUUAAUUCUGAUCGACAAUUACGGCUCCAAAAACCCGAUAAACAUGGAGCCCUGUCCCACGGAUCUGUCGUUUCCAGAAACGAUUGUUUUUCAACUGGGGCUCCAGAGUGUUUUUAGCUGCCAACUGCCCCAGACUUUGACUGCAGUCUGCAAUUUGUAUUCACAAACACUAGAUGGCGCUGCUCUCCUUAAGGAAGUAGAAAGCAACGGAGCUCUGAGUCUCAGAACGAGUCCUCCAGUCAGUUUCUUUUAUUAAAGAGACUCUAAAUCUACAAAACUAUCCGUGGGUUUAAUGUGAUGACGAGACCAAAGCUCCUGACAUGGAGAUGAGAACAAUUUAUCUCAGCUGUUUUAAUCACGUUUAAUUAUAAAUAAGAAAAAUGCGUUUCACAAAAAUGCAGAUUUGUAUUUAAUUAGUUUUAAAUUGUUUUUGCAUAAUGAAAACAGCAUGAAGUUACAGUUUUACCGCCUUCUUCACCACCGGAAGACGUAAGGAAAAGAAACAUUGUGUUGUUAAAAUCCAUCAUGAAAAUAACAGAUUAAAUCCUGUUAAUGUGGAAAUAACAGAUUAAAUCCUGUUAAUGUGGUUCUGGUUCUGGUUCUGGUUCUGGGUCUGGGUCUGGGUCUGGCUCAGAUCCGGAUACCAACUUUGGCUUGGAUCAGGUUGGUUCUACAGAACCAGGUCUCGGCCGAUGACAGAAAACGUAAGAGGUUCUGAAGUCAACCCAGUUCUGUUCUGGAACCAGUUUAUGUUCAGUUUCAUCAUUUGUGUUUGUUAAACUGGAUCAGAACUGGUUCUUCUUCCAGUCUGGACUCUCAGGUUCUCAGAUUAAACAGCUCUGGUUCUGGUUCUGGUUCUGUUCUUAUGAUGUUUGGUUGAAAAGGGAAAAUGAUGUGAAAUAUUGGUAUUUUUGCUGCUCUGCCUUUUGUUCGGUUCUGUUGGACCUUCUGGGUUUAAAGGGAACGUUUGGACCAUCUGGUUUUAUCCUUCAUUAUUUAUACAGUUUAUUAACUGGGACUGUAUGGCAAGCCGUUUUCAACUUAAUGAGUCCUGAAAGUUGAAAGUUUCUCUGAAAUAAAUGAAUAAAUCCUGAAUUUAACCCA